AUGUGUCGAAAGGAAACCAAGAAGAGUAACAUUAAAAAAAAAAAAAAAAGCAACGAAACGAAAUAAAAAAUAAAAAAAAAAAAACUGAAAAAAAUAAAAGAAACUGUAGAGAAUGCAAAUUAUCGGCCUGAUUACCAGAGCAACGUGAUUUCUGUCUUGCAGGCGGCGCGGAGACAGACGCGGUACAGGCGAUCUUGGCCAGAUACCUUCAGAGGCGUCUUCAGGGCUCGCAGCUGUCGACGCCGCCUCCGCCGGCUGUCCUCUUCAGUAGUAAUAACCAAGCCAGAGCGAGGCAAGCGCAGAGGGCCACUAGCAAUGCGUUGCCGAGGAAUGCCAGCGAGAAAGAGAGGAUGGAGCGCGUGGAGGAUUACGAGGAUUACGAGGACGACCUUGAGGGCUUCGAGGACAGUGAGAGGAGCAGGACCAGAUUCGAUCUCUUCGCCGGUAAAUCCUUCAACCUCGCUCAUAUUUCGUCUUCCAUGUAUCUCGAGCCACGUAUCUCGAUCUUUAGUCGUUUGCUCGAUUAUGUUUUGUCGAUCCCCAAACAAACCACGGCUUUUUGCUGAUGGAAGGUAGUUGAAAAAAGUUUGUCGACAUUUAUCGUGCCUUGAUACAUCGAUAAAUUUGAUUUAGUCUUUUGUUUAGUCGAAGGAGCUUUCAUUCGUCGAUUUGAACGAUUUGAAUGA